AUGGCAACAUUAGUUAAAGUUCUUAAAUUAAAAAAGGCUAUUCUUGAUAUAGAACCUAGAUGGGAUACUACCUACCUAAUGUUAGAACGUUUGUUAGAGUUAAUGUCAUUUUGUAUUGACCAUGCAAAUACAAAUACAUUGUUAAAACUGAGUGUAAAUGAAUGGACAUCAAUUGGAAAUUUAGUAAAGUCACUUACACCAGUUAGAGAAGCUUCAUUAUCACUACAAAGACAAGACAUCACAAUAGGUGAUAUUUACUGUACUUGGUUACAAACUCAAAAUAAACCUCAAAAUAUUGAUUCUACUGUUUCUAAUUCUAUUUAUCAAAUAAUGAUGGUUAGACAAAAACUGUUGCUAAAAAAUGAAUUAUUCUCUGCUGCUAUUUAUUUGGAUCCGAGAUUUCAAAUUCUUUUGGAUUAUUCUGAUAAAAAUAUAGCAAAAGAGCAUUUAACAAACAUAUAUGAUUUAAUGAUUUCAAUGAAUGCUACCAAUGAUCAUAAUCUAACCAUACAAGAUUUAAAUAAUUCUGAAGCAGAAGAAUUGAAUAAUUCUGCAGGAAAUAAUGAACCAAUAAUAGAAGAUGACUUUGAAUCAUUCAUUCUUAAUAAUAAUGAAACAGCAGUGCCCUUAGGAUCAAACAGUUUCUCUACUCAAGCACCAAUUCAACUUUUGUUAGAAGCGUUUGACAAUAUAUCUAGGGAACAUUAUAAAACAAAUAUUGUUGAGUAUUGGAAAGAACAACAAAAAUCUAGACUUGAGCUAUACAGAUUAGCCCAAGUCAGUGUAGAAAGAAGCUUUUCCUCAUUAAAAUUAAUUUUAAUGGACGAGUCAGGAAUGAACAACGGUGUGAACAUAAACGGUCAAAAUGUUAAACGUAAAAAGAGUAUGCUCAGUACACAGUGUCCCAGAGAGUACAGGCGAAAAUGGAUUAAAGAUGAGCCUUAUGAUAGCAGCCACGUAGACAAAGAAGAAAGAGAAUGCGAGAAAUUACUAAAAACUUAUGAGAGCAAAACGUUAUCACUGUUAUCAUAUUAA